AUGCAAACAAUACGCGAAGACUCAAAUACAAACUAUGACAAAAUCUUUCUAGGAUAUAGGUUACCUGAGAUGGGCGACCAGAGCCCAAAGGCAAAAAGGACAUGGGAAAUUUACAACAUACUAGGUGAACAUGAGGCAAAGAUGCAACAACUUGAAGCAGAGGGCAAGUUACCAAAAGCGACACCAAAGAAGAAGAGAAGA